AUGUCCACGUUAGACAGACUUGAACAUUUUGAUGACCCGUUGGCUCGGUACUCGCCAUCUCUUCGAAAUACAGAGACAGGACUCUGGACAAAACAAGAACAAAUCAGGGAAGUGCAACGAUUCAAUGAUUUUCGAACCAUUGAUUGGGUCGAAGAUGAACUCGACGAGCAGAAACAGCGACUAUUGAAAGUGAGGCACAUUUCGAGCAGGGGAAACAACUUUAGAGACAAGAUGCUAUCGCAAACUUUCAAUUGGGUUGUAUUAGCAAGUAUGGGUAUAGUCAUUGGACUUAUUGCGGGUACCUUGAAUAUCGUGACAUCAUUUCUUGCAAGUAUUCGAAUGGGCCAUUGUAAAGGAGCUUUUUAUUUAAAUGAAUCAUUCUGCUGUUGGGGUGAAAGUUCUACUGAGCACUGCUCAAAAUGGCAGACGUGGUCGCUGUUUAGUGGCCUUAAUUAUAUAAUGUAUGUUUUGCUUUCCAUCACGAUGUCAUUCAUCGCAGCCAAGCUUGUCAAGUUUUUUGCACCAUUGGCUGCCGGCUCUGGAAUUUCGGAAAUCAAGUGUAUUAUUUCCGGGUUUGUGAUGGACGGGUUUUUAGGCUGGUGGACUCUUUUCAUCAAGAGCAUUGGUUUACCACUUGCAAUUGGUUCAGGUUUGAGUUUGGGUAAGGAAGGGCCUAGUGUUCAUUACGCAGUGUGCGUUGGGAACUCGCUAGCGAAAUUGGUCAACAAGUAUAAGAAAUCGGCGUCAAAGGGAAGAGAGUUCCUCACUGCAACCGCAGCGGCAGGCGUUGCAGUUGCAUUUGGUUCCCCAAUGGGCGGUGUUUUGUUUGCAAUUGAAGAAAUGUCCUCUGUUUUCCAGCUAUCAACAUUGUGGAAGUCUUAUUUCUGUUCAUUGGUUGCAGUGACAACCUUAGCAGCAAUGAACCCAUUUCGCACCGGCCAGUUAGUCUUGUUCGAGGUGACAUACGAUACAAACUGGCACUACUUUGAAAUUCCAGUUUACGUACUUCUCGGUGUAUUUGGAGGUGUUUACGGGAUAGUGGUCUCGAAACUCAAUAUCCGUGUUGUUGCAUUUCGCAAAAAGUAUCUUGGUAAUUGGGCAAUCAGAGAAGUGUUUGUGCUCACAUUACUCACGUCGAGCUUUUCGUAUUUCAACCAAUUUCUUCGACUCGAUAUGACGGAGUGUAUGCAAAUAUUAUUCCAUGAAUGUGAUGCUAAUUUCAACAAUCCCAUAUGCGAUCCUGACCAAAAGAAAGUCGGAAUGUUUGUGUCUUUGAUGUUCGCCACAGUUGCAAGAAUGGGACUCACUAUUAUUACAUACGGAUGCAAGGUGCCUGCAGGGAUAUUUGUUCCUUCCAUGGCAGCUGGUGCAAUGUUUGGCAGGGCCAUCGGAAUCCUAGUUGAUUACAUCUAUAAACUGCACCCCGAAUCAUUUCUCUUUUCGGCGUGUAGUGAAAACGAGAGAUGCAUUAUUCCAGGAACAUAUGCAUUCUUGGGUGCUGCAGCAGGACUUUGCGGUAUCACUGACUUGACGGUUACAGUGGUGAUCAUCAUGUUUGAGUUAACAGGCGCUGUGCGAUACAUCAUUCCUACAAUGAUUGUUGUUGCUAUAACAAAGAGUAUAAAUGAUAAGUGGGGUAAAGGAGGCAUCGCGGACCAAAUGAUUUUGUUUAAUGGCUUACCCUUGAUUGAUUCUAAAGAGGAUUACACAUUUGGCACUACUGUGGAAUCAGCCAUGUCUCCUGUGGUGACUGCAUUUUCCACUGACGCAGACGAUGCUUUGACUAUUGGGCAGUUGAAAAAAACAUUGCGCAAAACAAGCUAUAGAGGUUUUCCCGUGAUAUAUUCUGGAAGUAAUCCCAAAAUCUAUGGCUAUGUGUCAAGAUAUGAGCUUGAGCAUAUCUUGCUGCGACACGUCAAUGUUAACGACUACGCAAUUUGCAAUUUUAACAAAGAAAAAGAUGGGUCAACAGAUAAGGUGGCAUUCAGCUCAGUUGUCAAUAGAUCACCAUUAACAGUGAGCAUCAAUGCUAGCUUAGAGUCUGUGCUCGAUAUGUUUGUCAAGCUAGGUCCCAGGUACAUUUUGGUAGAGCUGGAGAGUACACUUGUGGGGAUCAUCACUAGAAAGGAUGUUUUGCGAUAUGAGUAUUCGAGGCACCCACAAGAUGCGAAGGAGUCGGAUAAUAAUGCGCAAGAUGAAAAAAUUUGGCAAUUUAUGAAUUUACUAGCGUUGUCAGCGAGAAAGAAUUUGGGUAAAAUUUUACACAACGAUUCAAAUAGAUAUGUAUAA